CAGGAGGCCGAUGGAGGGAGGAGAACGCUUUUUUCGCAAGCCACGCCGCAAAUCGACGGCGUCCGUCGCGAGCGCGGCGGAAAGCUCGCGUCUAACCCGGGGGAAGGGGCGUUGUCCCGCGCUCCGUCGCUCGGGCGUUUUUGACUCGCCUCGGCUCUGCUCUCUCGACAAACUCCGAGGGGGGUUCUCUUGUUCCUCCGAGCGAACCUCGAGUCUGCUCCAUCUCAUUAACAAACCCAUCUGCUCUGCUGGGGUUUCGUUUAGCGGCUAGCUUUGCGUACAGUAAAACGCCAGCAACAGUGCACACAUCAGCAAAACAUAGAUGCUUCGGGGUCAGUUUUUUUCCUCAACUCGUUUCACUGUUCCACCAAUCGGGUGGGGUAGAUACUGAAACCAAACGCAGCAGCAGGCACAGCACAGCAUUGCUGCGGGCCGCUCUUGUCGGGGAUGCCGCUCGCCGUGCAAUUGAAUGAUCAGGUCUCCCGCGAUUGGCCGAUCGUUUUUCCAGAGUCUCCUCGUGAAAGCUUGAAACCCCUCCCGCCACCAAGCGGACUCCGCUCCGCCUAGAUCUCCCCGCUCCGAGGCUGCGUUGGGCGCACUGCCGCCAUUCCCCUCGUUCAUGCACCGCUGAGCGCGCCGGGCUGGGGCGGGGGAGGCUCUGCUAGAAAACACCCCUGAUAGGCUCUCGGGUGGAAGACAUUCUGGUCGGAUUCCCGUCGGUCUGGCGGCAUGGCGGUAGCGGAUACACCAGCAGUCGCUGGGUUACACGGUAUUACACCAGCAGUGCUGUGGUAGCAAGCUGAGCCUCGAGAUGAUGAGAAGGAUGAGAGGCAAGAGCAAGCAGCGUUGUCAAGUUGCGGCGGGAAACUUGCGCGUGGCUCCGACUCCGUCGUUUGGUCCAAACAUCCGUCUCUGCCUCUUAGCGACUUAGACGGACGGUGCCCGCGGUAGGGGGAGUACUGUACGCUGCUGCUGCCGCUCCGAGUAGGCGGGAACAGAAUCCGUCGGUGUCCGACUGUUUCAGUCUAGUUGACGUUUGGUUGGUUGGUUGACCUCCCAUCCCACGUUCCACUGGAAAAAAUGAGAGCGCUAGAAAUUGGCGCGUGAAAAUGGAUCCGCCAGGGCUUGAAGGCCGACGAUUGGUGGUGUGCCUCUCGCAACGUCGACGAAUCUCGGAAGCCCAGUAGGGCCCGUGACACUGUAGUGCUAUUAGACCUGAGGUUCUGUCAUCAGAAAGCCGAGUAUUACUCGUAGGGUUCUAGUAGGGCCCGUGACAGUGUUGCGACUGAGUGACGGCGCUUGAUGGAUGGCUCUCAAAUCUCAAGGCUCAACGUCGCCGCAGUCUAGACCUCGGGAGACUUACUAACCAGACGGAGAUGACUAACUAUUUCUGUUAGACGAGUAGUACUACUAAUUCGUCCCAGCUUUUGUACGAGUUCAGUCGCGUUACCAGCGAAUUAGACUGUUCUUUGUGCUUGAAACUUGGGUUUCCACAAUAUAGGCCGGCCACUCACACCCACGCACUUAGCUGAGCGUAGCGGGACGCUGUCUUCCAGGCCUGAGCGGCCGCGGGGGAUGUUACGGUCGCGGGGAGUAGAUGAGGAAGGCGAGGACAUGGGCGAAACCGCCGUUCACCCCGCAGUAGAGGGGGUAGAAAGGGGCGGAAAAACGGUCGGAGGUGCAAGCGGGGGCCUCGCGGCAGAGUCCGUGGGGAGGCUUCUGGCGAUGGCGGAAGAGAGGGGGAAUUCGGGGGGGGAGGCGGAAGAGGAGGCGGAGGACGAGGGGCUGAGCGACGAUGAGUUGGACAUCGAUGAGUUGGAGAAGAGAGUGCAACGGGAUCAGGUUAAGCUGCAGCGGUUAAGGGAGAUGCGGAAAGCUAAGGAGGAGGCGCAACGGGCGCGGCAGAAGAAGCUGCAGGAGCCUGCCAUGCGCAAGCGGAUGGCCAGAGCCCAAGAUGGUAUCUUAAAGCACAUGCUGCGCAUGAUGGAGCUGUGUCAUGCGCGCGGGUUCGUCUACGGCGUCAUCCCCGAGUCGGGCAAGCCCGUGGGCGGCAGCUCCGACAACCUCCGAGCCUGGUGGAAGGACCGGGUUAGGUUCGACAAGAACGGGCCGGCAGCUCUGGCGAAGUUUGAGGCGGAGAGGGCGGCCGCGAUGGGGGGAGGGGGCGGCGGGGGGGAGGGCGGGGGAGGGGGAGGGGGGCUUGCGCCCACGUGCAUGCCGCUGCACUCGCUGCUAGAACUGCAGGACACAACGCUGGGGUCUCUACUGUCGGCGCUUAUGCAGCACUGCUCCCCUCCCCAGCGCAAGUUCCCCCUAGACAAGGGCGUGGCGCCCCCCUGGUGGCCCUCCGGCAACGAGCCGUGGUGGGCGGCGCUCUCCCAGGGGCUGGGGCUGAAUCAGAUCACCAGCCCGGGCGGCGGAGAAUCCUGCCUGCCGCCCUACCGCAAGCCGCAUGAUCUGAAGAAGGUGGCCAAGGCGGCUGUGCUGGCGACUGUCAUCAAGCACAUGCUGCCGGACGUGGCUAAGAUAAGGCGGCUUAUUCGGCAGAAUAAGGGCCUGCAGAACAAGAUGUCGGCCCAGGAGACCAGCAUAUGGCUCGCAAUACUGAACAACGAAGAACGCGCGAUCAAGAUUCAAAACGGUGAACUCCCUACCACUGUGGCUGCUGCUGGUACUGCUGCUGCUGCUGCUGCUGGUACUGGGACUGGGGCUGGUGCUGCUGUUGCCACUGCCAGUGCUGGUAAUGCGGUCGGGCAGGAAAGAAGCUCCAACGGCCUGCCCGCAGGCAGGUCGACAAACAACUUGCAGCUUUUUGAGGCCGGCGGUGGCCCUGCGACCAGCUCGGCCGGGCAGCAAAACGGGCAGCGGAGAACAGAGAGAUCUGGAGCAGGGGGCGGAGGAGGAGGAGGAGGAGCAGGGGGAGGAGGAGAGGAGGAGGAGGGGGAUGAGUGGGAUAUUGAGGAGGAUUAUGAUCCAUACAGCAGUGAUGGACAGCGACAGAAGAAGAGGCGGCAGAGACGAAUGGCAGGGGUAGGGGCAGGAGGAGGGAUGUCAGGGGGAAUGGCAGGAGCCGAAAUCCCUGCUGCUGCUGCUGCUGCUGCUGCUGUGGGGGGGCUUGGAGGAGGGGUGGAAGGGAGUGCAGGGGAGGGGAGUAGGGACCAAGGAGGGGCGCUGGUUGCGGUUCAGACAGCUGAGCUUGUCAGGGAGGUGCCGGACGGUGCGUGGCAGUUGAGUGCGGUGCAGGACGGUUCUGCGCAGUUGAGUACGGUGCAGGACGGUUCUGCGCAGUUGAGUGCGGUGCAGGACGGUGCUGGGCAAGUGCUGGUCCCUUGCGCUUGCUGCAACGGCCAAGUGCAUGGGGCACGUUUGGAGCCAGCUUCAGCAGCGUCAUAUGCAGCAGCAGCAGCAGCAGGAGGAGGAGGAGGAGGAGUAGGAAGAGGGACCCAUACCCAUGCCCAUCCCCAUGCCCAUCCACUUGCCGAUCCCCAUGUGCACAUGCUUGGAACUUAUGUUUUGGACGUCGGCCCGGCACAAGAUGAUAACCGAACGUUUUUCUGCCCGUUCCCGACCUGCCCAAGGAGCCGGGCAGGCUGCGGUUUUCCUGAUCGGGCUGCCCGGAACGGCCAUCAAACUAUUUGCCCUUACCGGGAUGCUGCUGCUGCUUGUGUCACCUCUCCUCCUGCUGCUGCUUCUGCUCCCGGUGCUACUGCUGCUUCUGCUGCCGGUGCUGCUGCUGCGUCUGUUGCUGGUGCUGACGGUGCUGCUACUGAUGCUACUGCUGCUGCUGCUGCUGCUGCUGCCACUUGUGCUGCUACCAGCAGCGCUGAUGCUGCUUCCCUUGCCCCCCUUCGCCCCCACUCGUCCUACUCGUCCCUUCUCAAGCUCCCCUCCGCUGCUCCUCCUAUCAGCCUCCCCCCACCUGCCACUCCCCGCACCACCACCCCUGCCAUAGUCACUCCUGGUACAAUCACCUCCCCCUCUACCACCCCUGGUAUGGUCACUCCUGGCUCGGGCACUCCCGCUUUAGUCACUUCCGUGCAGCCAUCCCAACCCAUACAAGCACAGGCACAGGCACAUGCACAAGCACAGGCACACGCACACGCACACGCACAUGCACACGCACACGCACACGCACACGCACACGCACAGGCACAGGCACAGGCACAGGCACAGGCUCAGGCACAAUCACAAGCGCAAUCACAAGCACAAGGACAAGCACUUAGUAUGCAUGAGAAUUUGGCAUGGCAGUCGCAGGCAGGGGCACCACAUCUGUCCCAAGCCUUUGCUUCAGGAAUGGUAAUGCCGAACCAGCAGAUGUACCAGCAGCCAUACCAACACCUGCACCUGAACCACCACCCGAACCACCAUCCAAACCAGCAGCAGCAGCAGCAGCUGUUCCUGCCGUUGAUGCAGAUGCAAUCAAUGGCUGAAGACGGUCCUGCUUAUCCCCAUAUGGCCGGUUCUGGUGAUGUGAAUCAACCCAUGGGGGGGCAACUCAUGCAUUCUUCAAGCAUAGCGGUAGCCCCGUUUUCUCAUCCCUCCAACACAUUAGCAGCAGCAGCAGCAGCAGCAGCAGCAACAGCAACAGCAGCAACAGCAGCAGGAACAGCGAGUGCCUUUAUUGUUGCCCCAUAUCACACCUCCUCGCUCCCUUCCUCUCUCUCCUCCUCUCUCCCUCACGCCACAUCUCACCCGCACUUGUCCCCACACACUCACCUCCUCCCCCCUCACUUCCACACUCACUCUCAUGCCUACUCCCAACACCACCAUCUCAUCCCCUCCCAGUCUCUGCCGAACCUUGCUGCCGGGCCUCCAUCCCAGACCUCCAUCCCAGGCUCGGCAAUGGGCUCGUACCAAGCACCCCAGACCAUGCUUCUAGGAGCACCGCUCCUGAGCAACAGCUUCGGUCCGGGGGGUCAUACUGCCGGACCUCAUCUUGCCGGACCUCAUCCUGCCGGACCUAAUGAGCCCAAUACGGCUAGACUGGAGCUUGUUUCACCAACCAUUAUUCGAUCCCGGUCACGAGGCCAGGCACACCCCGUGCACGCAUACCCGUUACAAGCCCAUUCGUUACAAGCACAACUUCCCAACGGAGCUGCUGCUGCUGCUGGAUCUGCGUCUGCAUCUGGUUCUGCCUCACAGCCAGCAGCCUCUGCUGCCGCACCUAGAGCAACCAUGCCUCCUGCUGCUGCCGACGCUACUGCUACCACUACCGCUGCUGCUGCUGCUGCUGCUGCUGCUGCUGUUGACAGGAAUCCUGUUGUUGCUGCUGCUGCUGCUGUUGACAGGAAUCCUGUUGUUGCUGCUGCUGCUGCUGCUGCUUCUGGGGGUGCUGGUGCUGGUACCGCUGCUGCAGUGCGAGCAGCAUCGGUGGUGCUGGAGGGGGGAGAGGAGGCGGACAUAGGCGAAAUGCUAGGGGAAGACGGGGAGGGGGGCACAGAUGGGGGAAGGGAUGCCGCUGCUGCUGCUGCUGCUGCUGCUGCUGCUGCUGCCGGUGUUGCUGGUGCUGGGGGUGCCGAUAGUAGCCGGAUGGAUGAAGAAAACCACGAUGCCACUGUGGCUGCUGCUGGUGCUGCUGGUGCUGCUGCUAGUGCUGCUGCUGGUGAGGCGAGUGGGGUGGGUACUGCACCCCUGGUCACAGCAGAAGGAGCAGCAGCCGUAGCAUCAACCGUAGCUGCAGCAGCACCAGCUGCAGAAGCUGUAAGAGGAGCAGCACGAGCAGCAGCAGCAGGAGAGGAUCAGCGGCACACCCACCACCAGCAGCAACAGCAGCAGCACCAGCAACAACUGCUACAGCAGCGGCAGCAGCAGCCAUUUGGGUUGUCAAACGCAGCAGCUCAGCUUAUCUCUGGAACCCUCGGCAUUGCAGGGAGCCAGGAGCAGCUGCCCGAAUUCACUGCCUGCAACCCCGAGUCAGGUGCACAACACACCCCCCUGCAGCAUUCCCACGUCCCACAUACGCCUGCCUCUGGUCUACCUGGCCCACAACACACCUCCCUGCAACAUUCACAUACCUACCCUGAUGUCAGUCGCCCUCAGAUUGUUGUUCGCAGCUCGUCACAGGGUGCCACGUGGCAGAGUGGGAGAGAGGCAGUGAGAGAAGGAGGGGGAGGAGUAGCGGAGGGAGCAGAGAUGGGAGAAGAGGGGAGGACAUUGCAGCGGCAGCAGCAUCAGCAGCAGCAGCAGCAGCAGCCGCAACAGCAGCAUGUGAAUCAGCAAGAGGGGCAAGAGGAUGCUACAAGAGCAACUGCUGAUGGUGGUGCGGGCGUUAGUGUUUCUGCUUCUGCUGCUGGUGCUGCUGGCAACACUGCUGCUGUUCCUCCUCCUCCUACUACUGGGGUUGAAUCUGCCGCUGCUUCUAGUGACGCCAAUUCUGAUGCCCCAGCUGUCUCUAUACCAUGCCGGCCCACACCUCUCCUUCCCCCCUCACACACUCUCUCACACGCCCCACACACUCUCUCACACUCCUCGCGCAUUCUUCAGAUGCCCCACCCCAAUCCCUACCUUUUACCCCAUGCCAUGUCACCCCACACUCACCCCUCCCUUCACCCUCCCUCACAUCCCCACUUAGGCCACCACUCUUCUCCCUUCAACCCUCCUCCCUCCCACAAUCAAGCAGGGGGGGUCCCCCACCCCUCCGCCACCUCCCCCCGCCCCUCUCUCAACCUCCCCCCGAACUUCCUCUAUCCCGGCUCCCCUUUCCGCCCUUCCCCCCAGUUCCCCUCACAUUCUCCCCUCCACUCCCCCCAAAUCCCUCCCACUUCCCCCAUCCGCCCCCCCUCCCCCUUCUUCCACUCCCUCUCCCCCAACAACCCCUCCCCUCACCAUACUCACCCCACUAAUUCCCCCAUCCGCCCCUCUCUCUCUCCCCCCUUCGCCCAGGCUCAGGCGCAGGCUCGGUCACCAACCUCUGCCCGGGCUCAGGCGCAGGCUCGGGCCCCGGCUGAAGUUCUGGCUCGGGCCGAACCUGAGGAGCAGGCUCGGGAGGAUCAGAUUAGGGAGCACUCCCAGGGAGGUUGCAGCAGGACGCACAGCCGAGCUUCGGUAGAGGAAAGGGGGAGUGAGAGAGGAGGAGGGGGGGAAGGGGAGAGAGGAGGGGAGAGAGGAGGGGAGCAAGAAGAGAGGGGAGGGGGGAGGGGAGAGGAGAUGGAGCCUUUACCCCCUGCUGUUCUAGAGAGAGGUAUGAGUUUCAGUAGCAGAAGAAGGAUGAGAGGAGGGAGUGGGCAAGGGCGACAGGUGGCAGGUGCUGAUUCGACUGCACAGCAGGAUGCAGCGGUUAGCGACAUGGACAGAAAUCUGGAAGCAAGAGGAGGAGGGGGGGAGGCGGGGGAAGCAACAGCUGGGACGGUAGCAGAGGGAGGAGCAAGAGCAGGAGGAGGGGGAGGAGGGGCAGGAGGGGAUGAGAGAGAGGGGCGCUGGUCGUUACUGAACCUGGCUGUAGGGUUACCAGCGGGGGAGCGGGGUGAGCAGCAGACGGAGCAUGCCAGUGGUGGUGGUGGUGGUGACGGUGCGUAUGAUGUGGCGUAUUCUUAUCCCCAUGCACACCUCCAUCCCCAUGCCCAUGCCCAUGCCCAUGCCCAAGCCCAAGCACAAGCACAAGCACAUGCACAUGCACAUGGGGCUUGGAACCCGCAUUCACCCACGCAGCAGCAGCUGCAGCAGCAGUAUCACCAGCAGCAGUAUCACCAGCAGCAGUACGAGCAGUUUCAGAUGCAGCAGCAGUACCAGCAGCAGCAGUCAGGGCCAACUCCAGUGCAGGGAACAGAGCAAGGAGCAGCAACCGGAGGGGGAGGAGUGAAUGUGGCAGGCUCAGGGAUGGCAAUGACCACUAUGAUGAUGCAAGGCGAAUCCCACAUGCACCAUGAAAUGAUGGGAGCAGGGGGAGGGGAUGGGGGGCAUGGAUUGGGCGGAGGUGGAGGUGGAGGAGGGGGGGGGCAGGAGGCGGGAGACGGGCAGCUGGAUGGAAUGAUGAUGGUGCAGAAUCUUCCGAUUCUCGACAACUUUGGAUUUGAUCCCUUCAUGGAUGAGGACCUCAUCUGGUACUUUGGGGCCUAGUUACUGUAUAUGUGAUCGGUAUUCGAUUAGGUGCAUAUAUGAUAUAAUUCAAUAUCUACUCUACUUCUGGAGGUUUGAGCUUUGCCUUGUGUAUAUAAAUUUUCAUGAAAUGG